UGCGCCAUCUAUGAAAAAAAAAAAAUUCACAACUUCAGAAUCAUCACACAGAUGGUUUUCUAGGUUAACCAAUUCAAUCAGCAUCAUUGGCACGUGGUGAAAUGAAAUAGUUAUUUAUUAGAAAAAAUUAUAAAUAUUCAAAAAUCAUGGGGAAAAAAGUGAAAAUUGGGAAACAACGUAAAGAUAAAUAUUAUCAAUUAGCUAAAGAAACAGGCUACAGAUCACGAGCAGCUUUUAAAUUAAUUCAAUUGAAUAGAAAGUUUGAAUUUCUUCAAAAAUCACGAGUAUGCAUCGAUCUUUGUGCCGCUCCGGGUGGUUGGAUGCAAGUAGCCAGGCAAAAUAUGCCUGUAUCGUCAAUUGUCAUCGGUGUAGAUUUAUUUCCUAUCAAACCGAUUCCUGGCUGUAUAAGUAUAACUGAAGAUAUUACCACUGACAAAUGUAGAGUCGCAAUAUCGAGAGAAUUAAAAACAUGGAAAGCUGAUGUAGUAUUAAAUGAUGGAGCUCCGAAUAUUGGAACAAAUUGGCUUUAUGAUGCUUUUCAGCAAACAUCUCUUACAUUAUCAGCUGUUAAAUUGGCGACACAUUUUUUAAAAAAAGGUGGCUGGUUCAUCUCAAAACUUUUCAGAUCAAGAGAUUAUAACGCUUUACUUUGGGUUUUACAACAAUUAUUUAGCAAGGUCAAUGCAACUAAACCUCAAGCAUCAAGAAACGAAUCAGCAGAAAUAUUUAUUAUUUGUCAGGGUUAUAAAGCACCUGAUAAAAUUGAUCCAAAGUUUUUUGAUCCGAAAUAUGUGUUUUCUGAAUUAGAUGUUGAUUCAUCGAAUAAAUUAAAUAUUUAUCACCCUGAAAGGAAAAAGAGAAAAGCAACAGGUUAUCCUGAAAAUGAUUAUACAUGUCAUCAAGAAUUAUCAGCUAAAAAAUUCAUAGCUCAUACUACUGGAGUAGAAUUGCUCGAAGAAGCAUCUGAAAUAAUAAUUGAUGAUGAACAAAUCGAAAAUCAUCCAAAAACUACAAACGAAGUUAAAGAAUGUUGUAAAGACAUUAAAGUAUUAAAUAAAAAAGACCUUAAAUUGAUAAUGAAUUGGUGGAAAACAUUACACAAUGAAUUUUAUGCGAAACCAACGGAAGAUGAAGAAAACAAAGAUACUGCGCCGGCAGAGAAUCAAGAUAACAGUGAGGAUGAAGAAGAGAAAGAAGAAAAAGAAAUAGAAACAGCAAUUUAUGAAUUGAAAGAAGAACAAAGAAGAGAGUUAAAAAAGAAAAAGAAAAAAGUCGAAAAAGACAGAAAAAAAUUGGUUGAAAAAAUGAAUCUGAAAAUGGUUCACAAAGGAGAUGAAGGUCCUCGACUUGAUGAUGGCGACGAGAUGUUUAGUCUUCGUGAAAUUAAAACACAUGAAAUUCUGAAUGAAAUAGUAGAUCAAACACCUGAUGUCGUAGUUGAUAGUGAAUCAGAUUCUGAUGAAAGAGUUCAGAAACGUCGGAAAAAAGUAAAGUAUGAUAAAGAAGAAGGAUAUUUAGAUGAAUCAGGAUUAUAUUAUAAAAAUGAUGAGAGUGAUGAAUCGGAAUCAGAUUCAGAUAAUGAUGAUAUGUCUAUUCAGUCGUCUGCAAGUGACUCCGAAACUGACAAAGAGAAUAAGUCAACGAAAAGCAAUAAAAAAAAAGUGAAAUUCGACAUUGAUGAUAUUGAAGAACCAAUUAAUCCUUUAUUAAAAACUGAAUCAGACUUAUCAAAUAAUAAAAAUAUAAAAAAAAUAAAUAAAGCAAAAUUAUGGUUUGAAAGAGAUUCGUUCAAGAAUUUGGAAGAAGAUAACAGUGAACAACAUAUCACUGAUGAUCUUGUUAAAAAUAAUAAUAAGAAAAAUAAAAAGAAUCCUAAAAAAGAGUUGGUAAAUCAAAAUGGUUUGGAUGAAUCUGAUUCAGAUUACAAUGUUGAAGAAGAAUUUUUAUCCGAAAAGCGAAAAAAAAAUGAAAUUAAUCAGAAAUGUAAAAUCGAAGAUAAUAAUAAUAAUGAAGAUGAGUCCAUAUUAAAAGAAACAACACAAGUACAAAAUAAAAGGAAACUAAAUGAAGAAGAUUUAGCACUAGGAACUUUAUUAAUAAAAAGUAAAAAAUCUCGUAGAGAAAUAAUUGAUGGUGCGUGGAAUAGAUACGCUUUUAAUGAUGAUCAUCUACCAGAUUGGUUUGUACAAGAUGAACAAAAACAUAUGAAGAAAGAAGCACCAGUAACUAAAGAAUUAGUUGAAGACUAUAAAAAAGUUAUGGCUGAUAUCAAUGCUCGUCCUAUUAAGAAAGUAAUGGAAGCUAAAGCAAGAAAGAAGAAACGAGCUUUGAGAAAAUUGGAAAAAGCUAAGAAGAAGGUAGAAGCUUUAAUGGAUAAUACUGAUAUUAGUGAUCGUGAGCGAGCUGAUCAAAUAAAAAGAUUAUAUAAACAAGCAAAACGCCAACCCAAAAAGAAAGUUACUGUAGUAGUUUCGAAAAAGCAUUUAGCUCAAAAGAGAGCUUCACGACCGGCUGGUGUAAAAGGACGAUACAAGGUGGUAGAUCCAAGAAUGAAGAAAGAUAUGCGAGCUGCCAAAAGAUUAGAAAAAAAGCGUUCAAAAGGCUCUAAAGGUCAAAGAAGUCAGAAAAAACAUCAAAAGAAAUAAUAAAUUGUAAAUUUUUAUGUUAUUCACCACUUGAAAAAUAACUAAAUUUAAGAUAUUUUUUUGUAUCUAAAUAUCUGUAAAUGUAUAAUUACUAUAAAAAUUAUA